AUGGCCGCCGCCGUGAGCAACAAGCCCCAGCAAGACUGGGCCGACGACGACGAUGGCAUCGAGGAGCCCAGCACUGAGCUGCCGCCCGUUCAGACCAUUUCCAACAAGGACGGAACCAAGACUAUCAUCUCCUACCGCAUCAACGAAGAUGGCCAGAAAGUGAAAACCACCCGGCGCGUGCGCUACAUCACCCAACGAGAGACCGUCAACCCCCGCGUCGCCGACCGCAAGUCAUGGAGCAAAUUCGGCCAGUCAGAGAAGGACGGUGCUGGCCCUGCCCCGGAUACGACCUCCAUCGCCGAAAACAUGAUCUUCAGGCCCAGCAUCAACUGGCGCAAGGACGCCAAGGAGGAGAUGGGCGAGCAGGAGCAGCUCAAGGACAAGCUGAAGGACAAGAAGGUCAAGUGCCGUAUCUGUAACGGAGAGCAUUUCACGGCACGCUGUCCGUACAAGGACACCAUGGCGCCCGUCGGAGGCACGGCGGACCCAGCUGCGGCACCGAUCGGCGAGGAUCCCGCGCUGUCCGCCGGCCCUGGGCCUGGCGCCGCUGGCGCAAAGAAGGGCUCCUAUGUGCCCCCGGCGCUCCGUGGAGCUGGCGGUGCUGCUGCUGCGGGACGUGGUGAAUCGAUGGGCGGCAAAUUUGGUGAUAGGGACGACCUGGCGACCCUGCGUGUCACCAACGUUUCCGAAAUGGCAGAGGAGGGCGAGCUGCGCGAUAUGUUCGAGCGCUUUGGUCGCGUCACAAGGGUGUUCCUCGCCAAGGAUCGCGAGACUGGGUUGGCCAAGGGUUUCGCAUUCAUCAGCUUCGUGGACCGCUCCGAUGCCGAAAAGGCCUGUGCCAAGAUGGACGGCUUUGGUUUCAAGCAUCUCAUUCUUCGUGUCGAAUUCGCCAAGAAAGCUGCUCAGUAA